AAAUUUUUCCUCUCAAAGUUCUUAACGCCACCCAAUUAAUUCGAAAAUCUCCGACCAUUAUUUUCCCUUUCUAUCUUUGGAACAAAAUCCAAAACCCUAAAUCAAAUUUUCAUUCUCAAUCUUCCCAUUUUUUGCCCUAAACUUUCCAAUUAAUUCCCUCUAAGUCCCCUUCUUCCAUGAAUUUUCCCUUUUCCAAACCCUAACGAACCAAAAAAAUCCACAAUUCACAAUGUCGGAGCAGCCGAUAAUCACCCACGUCUCCGACACGAGUCCGUUAACCCGGGCGACGAGUUCUCGGUCGGUGACGGAAACGGUAAACGGUUCACACCGGUUUGUGAUUCAGGGGUAUUCAUUGGCUAAAGGAAUGGGAGUUGGGAAACACAUCGCGAGUGAUAAUUUCACCGUUGGUGGACAUCAAUGGGCUAUUUACUUUUAUCCUGAUGGGAAAAACCCUGAGGAUAAUUCAACGUAUGUGUCACUUUUUAUUGCGUUGGCGAGUGAAGGAACGGAUGUUAGGGCUUUGUUUGAAUUGACGUUGGUUGAUCAGAGUGGUAAAGGGAAGCAUAAGGUUCAUAGUCAUUUUGAUCGGUCACUUGAAAGUGGACCGUAUACAUUGAAAUACCGCGGCAGCAUGUGGGGAUACAAACGUUUCUUUAGACGAGCUUUACUUGAGAAUUCAGAUUAUCUCAAGGAUGACUGUUUGAAAAUCAAUUGCACUGUGGGAGUUGUUCGAUCUACAAUUGAUAUCUCGAGCUUACAGCCAAUCCAGGUUCCAGAUUCUGAUAUGGGAUCACACUUUGGAAUGCUAUUAGAGAAUAUGGAAGGCUCUGAUGUUGUUUUCAUUGUGGCUGGUGAAAAAUUUCAUGCCCAUAAGCUGGUAUUAACUGCUCGUUCUCCUGUAUUUCGCACUGAAUUGUUUGAUGAACUGAUGGGCGAUAAGCAGGAGAUUGUUGUCACAGAUAUGGAACCCAGGGUCUUUAAAGCUAUGUUGCACUUCAUAUACAGAGAUUCUCUUGUAGAUGAAGAGAUAGAAGAUACUAGUUCUUCUUCUAUUCCUUCUGUGACCAAUACAUUGACAGCGAAACUGCUAGCAGCAGCUGAUCGGUAUGAUUUAACAAGACUCAGGCGGGUGUGCGAAUCUCAUCUUUGCAAAGAUAUCUCGGUGAACUCUGUUUCCAGAACUCUUGCUUUAGCUGACCGUUACCAUGCCACAGAACUCAAAGCAGUUUGCCUUAGGUUUGCUGCUGAAAAUCUUGCAGCUGUCAUGCAAUCUGAUGGAUUUGAAUACCUUAAGGAAAACUGCCCUUCUCUUCAGUCGGAGCUUCUUAAAACCGUCGCUGGUUGUGAGGAUGAUUGUAGCAGUGGAGGCGGAAAGUCUAGAAGCGUUUGGGCCCAGCUUUCAGAUGGUGGCGAUACCAAUGGCAGGAGGGUUAGGCAUCGGACCUGAUAUUAGAUAGAGACGUGAUUUUAUUGUUCUGUAUAUUGGAAGAUGUGUUGAAAAUGUUACAGGAAGGUAAAUGUACCAUAGUUUCUGAAAUACUGAACAAGUCUGUUUGUAAUACCAGUAUCCAUACUGAGUUUUUAAACAUUUUUGCUGACACCAAGUUUGGGUUUCAGUAGACUAUUUAGGGUUAAGACGUGAUUCUGGAAAGUCGAUACCUUUGCUGUUGCCAUUAUAGCCUUUGUAACUUCAACCCCUGAUUGGAGGAUACUCUUGUUUCUACUUCACAAGUGCUGCUUUGUAGAAAAACGUUGCUGCCUCUUCUCUGGUUUAGUACCAAAUUUCUGAACUGCUAUUGCCUAUUUCCUUAGCUGGCAUGGAGCCGUUGCUCCCGGAACUCUGUAAGACUAACUCUUAGGUUCUAAAUUUUUACUGGUUGUGUUCUUUACCUUCAGUGAAAGUCAGAUCAGAGCUGUCAUUUAAGCUGUUGUAGUAAGACUAGGGAGAAAUGAGUUGAUUCUUCUGUUGAUA